AUGCCGCCCUACACGAACAUCCAGUCGCAUCGCGACUCCCUCGAGCUCGCCUCCCUUGCCUCCUCAUCUCGCGCCGAAUCCGUCGUCUCAGACCUUCCCUCCUCGAGGCCCUCCAUCUCCUCCUCGCGCAAGCUCUCCUUCGAGGCCGAAGACCCCCUCGAUGCAGCGAACCCUGCCGCCAGCUCGAACCGCCCCAAUCGCCAUGACCGCUCCUACUCAGUCUCCUCCGGCUUCGACUUCGCCGCCAACCUCUUCCCCCUGAGCUCCACCGCCGGCGCGGGGGCAGGCGGGUACGCCCCCAUCGGCGCCCCGACCUCGACAGCGAUACAGAACAGUGGCCUCGGCGGCGGCAGCUUGGAGAAGCACAAGAUCCUCACCUACAUGAACGGCUUGAGUCUGAUUGUCGGUCUCAUAAUCGGCAGCGGCAUCUUCUCCAGUCCCAGCCAGGUCAGCUCUAAGGUUGGGUCGCCCGGCGCCGCCCUCGUGGUCUGGGUUAUCGCCGGCGUGCUUGCUUGGACAGGUGCUGCGAGUUAUGCCGAGCUGGGCGGCGCGAUACCCCUGAACGGCGGCGCGCAGGUCUACCUUGCGAAAAUCUUGGGCGAGAUGGCCGGGUUCUUGUUCACGUGGGUCGCCGUGUUGGUUCUGAAGCCCGGUAGUGCGGCCAUUAUCGCCAUCAUCAUGGGAGAGUAUCUGGUCAGGGCGGCGAUAGGCGCAGAGGCGGAGAGCCUGAGCCCGUGGAUCAACAAGGCGGUCGCCAUGGUGGGGUUGAUUCUGGUCACGCUCAUGAACUGCGUGUCGACGAAGCUGGGCACGAAGGUGAACGACUGGCUCAUGUUUUUGAAGUUUGUCGCCCUGCUGGGCGUCACCGUCACCGGCAUUGUAGUCGCGAUCACGGGGACCACCUUGACGGGCAAGGCCAACAUGGAGUGGAAGACGCACGAGUGGUUCUCCGGCACUUCGACAGAUCUCUCCAACUGGGCCGUGGCUCUGUAUGCCGGUCUCUGGGCAUACGACGGCUGGGACAACACAAACUACGUCGUCGGCGAGUUCCGCAACCCGAGCCGCGAUCUUCCCCGCGUCAUCCACACGGCGAUGCCUCUUGUGAUCCUCUCAUACGUUCUCGCCAACAUCUCGUACUUCCUCGUCCUCCCUCUGGCGACGGUCAACGCCUCCAACACGAUUGCCGUCCAGUUCGGCGCCAAGGUCUUCGGCCCCGUAGGCUCCCUCGUCCUCGCCCUCAUCGUCUCGGCAUCCUGCUUCGGCGCCCUCAACUCCUCCACCUUCACCUCCUCGCGCCUCGUCUACGUGGCCGGAAAGGAGGGGUACAUCCCCUCCAUGUUCGGCCGCAUUGGCCUCUCCCCAUCCGACUCCCACUCCGUCCAAACCUCGCGCACUUCGCGCGGGCGCGUGGCCAACAUGCUGAUCCGUGCCCUCGGCGAUGAUGAUAUGGGCCUGUUCUUCACGCCCGUGUGGGCGCUCGUGCUCAACGGCGUGCUCACGGCGGCGUACAUUGUCGUCGGCGAGUUCGGCACCCUCCUGACGUUCUACGGCGUGGCCGGGUACACAUUCUACUUCAUCACGGUCCUGGGUCUCAUCAUCCUCCGCGUCCGCGAACCGCAGCUCGACAGGCCAUACCGCACGUGGAUCACGACGCCCAUCAUCUUCUGCUGCGUGUCGCUCUUCCUCCUCAGCCGCGCCGUCUUCGCGCAGCCGCUACAGACCGUCACCGUCGUGCUGUUCGUUGUCGCUGGCGUGCCAGUGUACUUUUGGCGCAUCCGCGGCCGCGAUCAGCAGGUGAUCAAGCGCGAGACGAGACAUGCGGGACAUGAGGAGCGGCCCUGGUGGCAGUUUUGGAAACGGUCGUAA